CCACCAAUCAAAUAUCAUCACACUGCAUACCAGAGACGGUUUCAAGAUGGCUGACGUUCAGAAGAAACUCCAGGCUGACUUAGAAAAGUAUCAGCAAUUACAAAAAGACUAUCAGAAAGUUGUGAGCCAAAGACAGCAGCUUGAUGGUCAGCUAAAUGAAAAUACUCUUGUAAAAGAGGAAUUAUGUCGUUUAGAAGAAGGUGCAAAUGUUUACAAGAUGAUUGGGCCUGUCCUGGUAAAGCAGGCUAUACCAGAAUCGAAGCAAAAUGUACAGAAACGAAUAGACUACAUUACUGGUGAAUUAAAACGACAUGAAACUUCUAUCAAAGAUUUUGAGAAAAAACAGGAAACAUGCCGUGAAAGUUUAGCAAAAUAUCAACAGCAAAUUCAACAAGCACAAGUAAAAGCUGCAGCCCGGAGCUAGUUGAUCAAGACAGAGAGUUCUACUGACACAAAAUAACAACAUGGAGCUAGAGUGACUUCAGUGUAGAUUCCCAUUCAGACAGGAAAACAAACAUGUCAACAGGGUUUAUUGGCUUAAAACACGCGAUUCUUGGAACUCUAUAUCAAAAUGUGUACUGCUUAAAAACUGAUAUUACCAGACAGUUGGUAAAUGUGGAGGAAGUAUGUAAUUGUGUUAAGAUUUGACAAUAAUAUAAUUAAAAUUUAUAAGAAAACUUUCGGAAAAUAUAAUCUAACCAUUUUUUUCACAGUGAACAUUGCCAGAAAUAUUUCUUUAGUUUUAAGAAGAUUGUUUUAACAGUUAGCAAGGAUCAGAUUUACUUUAAUGAAUAUUUAUUAGACACAUUUGUUGCUGUCAUAUCAAUUGAUAGCUUAGGAUAAAUGUUCUGCAUUUAGAUAAUCAUGUAAAUGAGACCCAGAUGAGGGAAACCAUGAGAUGUUUCAUUGUUCAGAUGGCUUCUGAUUUACCGAGACUUUUCUUUUUACAUCCAGAAAGGAUAUUAAAUUCCAUUCUUUUCAAAUUUCA